GGAACAAUGGAAGGAUUUUUCAAGUUGAUUUCUUAUUUCCAGACGCAGUCAGAACCUGCCUAUUGUGGCUUGGCUAGUCUUUCUGUCGUCUUAAAUGCUCUGUCUAUUGAUCCUGGACGAAAAUGGAAAGGGCCUUGGAGGUGGUUUGAUGAAUCAAUGCUGGACUGCUGCGAACCGCUGGAAGUAGUGAAAGAAAAGGGUAUUACGUUUGGAAAACUUGUGUGUUUGGCUCAUUGUUCAGGAGCUAAAGUGGAAGCUUUCCGCACAAGUCAGAGUACCACUGAUGAUUUCAGAAAAUUCGUAGUGACAUGCUCGGUUUCUGAUAAUUGCCAUAUGAUCUCGUCAUAUGAUAGAGGAGUAUUUAAGCAGACUGGGUCUGGUCACUUUUCACCUAUAGGUGGCUAUAACGCUGAAAGAGAUAUGGCUUUGAUUCUUGACGUCGCCCGUUUCAAGUAUCCUCCUCACUGGGUUCCUCUUCAACUUCUUUGGGAAGCCAUGGACACCAUUGUUAAGUUAACAGGGAAACGUAGAGGGUUCAUGCUCAUAUCUAGACCCCACAGAGAACCUGGGUUGCUCUAUACACUGACCUGCAAGGAUGAAAGCUGGAUCAGCAUAGCCAAGUAUUUGAAGGAAGAUGUUCCUCGUCUUGUAAGCUCAGAGAAUGUAGAUAGUGUGGAAAGGAUCUUAUCAGUUGUGUUCAAGUCACUUCCAUCAAAGUUUAACCAAUUCAUCAGAUGGGUGGCUGAGAUCAGAAUAACAGAGGAUGUAAACCAACAUCUCAGCGCAGAGGAGAAAUCAAGGCUAAACUUAAAGCAAGUGGUGCUGAAAGAAGUGCAUGAAACUGAACUGUUCAAACACAUUAGUAAGUUCUUCUCUUCAAUGGAUUAUGAAGACAUUUUGACGUAUUCAGCUGCAAAGGCUUGUUGCCAAGGAGCUGAAAUAUUAUCUGGAUGCUCAACAAAAGAGUUCUGCUGUCAGGAAACUUGUGUGAAAUGUGUCAAAGGUAUGUCACUAUUAGUAAGUCCUGGCGAGGCCGAAGGCACGGUGGUGACUGGAGUUGUGGUGCGUGAUGGGAAUGGACAAAGGGUUGAUCUAUUGGUGCCAGCGACCCAAACUGACUGUGAAUGUGGUCCAAAGGCUAAUUAUCCAGCAGGAAACGAUGUGUUGACUAUACUUCUGCUCGCUUUAACUCCACAGCCAUGGUUAGGGAUCAAAGACCAAGCUCUUAUGCAUGAAAUGAAGCAGCUCGUUUCCAUGGCGUCCCUCCCAACUAUGCUUCAAGAAGAGGUAUUGCAUCUACGACGCCAACUUCAGCUGCUAAAACGAUGCCAAGAGAACAAGGAAGAGGAGGAUUUCGCUGCUCCUGCCUAUUGAUUCAUCUUACCCAAAUUCACAUAUCUUUAAUUGCCCAUUUGAAUCCCAACUUCUCAAACCCAAAACCCUAAUUCUUUGAGAGUCUCCUUUAUUAUCUGCAUCUGUUAUUAAUUCAUCACAAACUGACUACUACUUCCUAUUAUGAACUACUCUCUUACACAAAACAAAUGGAUACAUCUAUUAUAUUGAGAAAAUCAACAAAAGU